CACAACAAAGUGCUUGAGGGGAGAGAACUCCCCCCGAGCGGAGUCUGUCCUUCUGAGUGGAGGGGCUGCAGCCAUGGUUCCUCAGUCUGGAGACAGGCAGAGACGAGAGGGGUCAAAGAGGGCAAACACGGCUGUAACCGUGCAGGUUGACCACAGUUAACGUGACGCAGUGACAACAUCCGAUCAGGACAGAGGGGCGGAGACAGAAUUUGUGGAAGCAUGAUGUGGGAUGGAUAAACAACAACAAAACUCUACUAUGGCUUCCAAUGACCCUGACCUUCCUGACCUCUCUGGUGACCCCCAGCCUGGUGACCUCAUUGAGAUCUUCCGACCAGCCUAUCAGCACUGGGCUCUCUACCUGGGAGACGGUUACAUCAUCAACCUGACUCCUGUUGACGAGAGCCAGGCAGCCGCCAUGUCCAGUGUGAAGUCCGUCUUCAGCAGGAAGGCAGUGGUGCGCAUGCAGCUGCUGAAGGAGGUGGUGGGAAGCGACUCGUACCGGGUCAACAACAAGUACGACCACAACCACACACCCCUGCCCAUCUCCGAAAUCAUCCAGCGAGCGCAAGUCCUCAUUGGCCAGGAAGUGUCCUACGACCUGCUGGGGAGCAACUGCGAGCACUUUGUGACCCUCCUGCGUUACGGGGAGGGGGUGUCCGAGCAGGCUACACGGGCCAUUGGGGCCAUCAGUUUGGUGACGGCAGCAGCCAGUGCCUUCUCUGUCCUGGGACUCAUCAACACACGAUCCAGAAACAGACCCUUCUGACAGAGGUGUCCUUCACUGAAGGGUCUUGUCCCCCAACAUUCAUGCGGCUGUGAUUUAAAAAAAAUUGAA